CACCAGGUAAACAGCAUAAAAAACUCCAGAACACUUUCUAUUCAAGACGCCUGAUUGCCACGUCUGCAAGUGUCGGUGGUGAGCGAUAAUCAUGAGCUUCAUUCCUCCAGUAUUACCGAGGGCUGUCCGUGUUCUACGGACAUCUUCAAAUCCUAUCACAAAUUUCAGAUGUUCCUACGCUCCGACACUCCCGAGAUCACUGCCGGUCCCGAGAAAUUCCAAUCACUCGCCCAGGAGAUCCUUUCAUAGCACUCCAAGGUCCCAAGCAUCAGUAAAAAAUCCUUACUCCGUCCUCGGCCUUGAUAAAAACGCAUCCACCUCCGCUAUCAAGAAGGCAUACUACUCAUUGGCGAAGAAAUGGCAUCCAGACCAGAACAAGGACAGUUCGGCGAGGGAAAAGUUCCAAGAAAUCCAAUCAGCAUACGAGAUUCUCUCGGACCCGGAGAAGAAGGAACAGUUUGACCAAUAUGGCGAAGCAGCAUUCAAACCUAGUGCUGGGUUCAAUCCUGGCACCGGAGCCGGGUUCGGUCAGAGUGGAUUUCGCGAGGGCUUCCCAGCAGACUUUUCGUUCGAGGACUUGUUUAGUGCAUUUGGUGGCAGUAGUGGGCGGGGGACGAGUGGUUCUGAGGGGGGGAUACCGUUUGGUGAUAACAUUGAGGUUGAAACAACAAUCUCAUUCAUGGAGGCUGCAAAGGGGGUUUCAAAAGACAUUCACAUCCACGCAUAUUUACCGUGCAAAACCUGGGCAGGCACGGGAAUGAAAUCCGGAACUCAGAGGCAGCCAUGCGGCCGCUGCGGCGGAACCGGUACCCGCGUACACUUCAUGCAGGGCAAUUUCCAGAUGGCCUCGACCUGCGAUGCCUGCAAGGGAGCGGGAGUAGUAAUCCCUCGGGGCUCGGAGUGCGGGACCUGCGAUGGAUGGGGCGUGACGAAGGAGCCCCGAACAAUCACGAUCGACAUACCCGCUGGCGUAGACACUGGUAUGAGAAUAAAGGUGGACAAUGAGGGCGAUGCCCCGCAUUCGAAAGCCUCCGGCGCUUCGUCCACCAAGACUUGGAGGGGGGACUUGUUCGUUCAUCUUCGGGUUGCACCGCACAAGUACUUUAGGCGGAAGGGUUUGGACGUCUACUACACUGCUACAAUACCAUUGACUACCGCCCUUUUGGGAGGUCGGAUCAGGGUCCCGACGCUAAGCGGCGGCGAAGAGGACAUUGAAGUCCCCCUAGGCACAACUACCGGGGACACGACAAAGAUCUACAGAAAAGGUAUGCGAGGGUUCGACUCCGUAAGCGUCGGAAAUUUUACGGUUGAAUUCAAGGUCAACCCUCCAAAAACCCUAACGGCCCGCCAAAGGAUCCUUCUAGAAAUGCUUGCCGAGGAACUCGACGAUAAGACUGCUAGGAGGAUAAUGGGUGUUAAUAGCGAAAAGCAGGGGCCCUCCCCCUAUGAACAGCACAAGAACGAAAACUUCAUAAAGCGUGCCUGGCACAACCUUACCCAUCAGCACGACGACAUGCCCAAAGACGAUGACGACCAGAAGAAGGCUUCUGGAUCUGGCUAGGCUAUAGCAGUGCUCGAUGAGUGGAAGGCGGGAGGGUUGGGAGUAUAACAACCAAGACAAAUUAACUUAAGUAUAGUGGAGAAAAGGGGAAGUUUAUAUUUGUGGUCUUUUUUCUAUGUAUCCCUCCUCUUAUUCCUAUCAUGUUCGCAUGUGCCCCCCCGCCCUCCCCCCAUUUUUUUUUCUCUUUCUUUUGGCAGCCGCAACAGCGACGACGGCGGUGAUCGCAAGGUCUCCAUAUUAUAUAAAACCCAGAACCUCUUCCACUUCUUAUAACAUCAUCUGGAUUGCUGCCAAAUCACC